AUGAUUUCGAGUCAGACCUGCAAAGAUUUACUGCUUUGCCAUGCUAGUGUGACAUUGAUAUUGGAUGUACGCCCUUACCCGCAGUUUUCCGAAGGUAGAAUCAAAGGGUCCUUGAAUUUGUGCAUUCCUACGACUCUACUCAAAAGGCCGUCUUUUAAUACAGAAAAGAUUAAAGAUACUCUUGCAGGUGAUGAGAAAAGGAAAUUCACCACAUGGCCAAAUAGAACCAACAUUAUUGUGUAUGAUGCUGGCACUUCACUACUCAAGGAUGCAUCGAUGUUAGUGAAUGUUCUUAAAAAAUUCACAAACGAAGGUUGGAAGGGUGAGCCUUUAAUUUUGCGAGGAGGUUUCUUGCAGUUUUCUGCACAGUUCCCUGAUUUGAUUGAGAAGGGGAAAGAUCCUGGUGCUGCACCGUCGACGAGGCAGCCUUUAUCUAUUGGAUUGACGUUGCCCGGAGCCCCAUCUAUAUCUGGCGGGUGUUUUAUUCCUCAAUCUACACACUCAGCCAACCCGAUGUAUAGCAACAUUCGCCAGAAUACAGAGUUGGUGGAUGGCGUUGGACAAAUUCCUGUCAAAUUACCGCGUUCCCUGACAGAGCAAGCAAGGCGAUCAUUACCUCUGUGGCUCUCGAAUGCGUCAGACAGUCGCGAUCGUGGCAAGUUGCUAUCCGCCAAAUUUCUAAAUAUCGAAAAAGCGGAAAAGGCCCGCAUGGAGGAAGCAUUGUCGGAUCCCAAGACAUACAGCUCCAAUAACAACCCAAAGGCAUCAUAUCGCAUCGCAGGAAUUGAAAAGGGUAGUAAGAACCGAUAUAACAACAUUUAUCCUUGGGAGCAUUGCCGUGUUAAAUUAGGGGCUGAGGGACAAGGUAGCUGCGACUAUAUCAACGCCAGUUAUGUGAAAGCUACUCGGUCGAAUAAGCUUUACAUUGCUACUCAAGCUCCUCUUCCCAGCACAUUCAAUGAUUUUUGGCACGUCGUUUGGGAACAGGAUUCCCGGUUAAUUCUAAUGUUGACCGCGGAAUCCGAAGGUCCACAGGUCAAGUGCCACCCCUAUUGGAAAUCGGCGACCUACGGUCCCUUGCAGGUGACGAUGAUGAGCGAAUACAAAGUUCCUCUAGAAGCCAAACAGACUUCACCACUUUCUCCCAACAAACGAACCCACAGUCGACGAGAAUCUACAGGACCCCACCCGCCAGACAACCUGUACAUGAUUAUUCGGCACCUUACAUUGAUCCACACCUCGAAACCAUUUGAGCCCAUGCGAGAGGUGACGCAGUUGCAGUAUUCAAACUGGCCAGAUUUUGGCACUGCCCAGCCAGGUCAUCUGCUUCGGGUCAUUGAAGAAGCAAACAAGCUCUCCGACGCCAGUAAUGGUAGACGACCAGGGUUCUCUCUCUCUGAGCCGGAGUCCCCUAAUCCACGCAAAAUCAUUGUUCACUGCAGCGCAGGGUGUGGCCGAACCGGGACAUUCUGCACGGUGGACAGCGUCCUUGACAUGCUUAAACGGCAAAAGAAGCGUGCUCGAGGCGAGGCUGAUUGGGUCUAUCGUGAUGAUAUCGACCUGAUCGCCAGCACAGUCGAAGACUUCCGGUGCCAGCGACUAAGCAUGGUGCAGAGCUUGAAGCAGUUUGUAUUAUGCUAUGAAACUAUUCUAGAAUGGCUGGCGUCCCAGCCCGAAUAUAAAGACCACAACUGA